ACACCUCAAUUGACAAAGCUAGCGCUGGUGUGUAUCGCGAGUACGCCAUUUUGGCGCUUAAAGAAUCAUAAAUGCAUUUAAACUGAUGUAGGCCUAGAAGCAUAUUUUUAAAAUAAAUAUCCACAUACAAUUUAUUAUCAGUCCUAUUUGCAUGUAAAACCAGAGACUCAAAUGUUUCAGCCCAUCAUUUAUAUGUAGCAUGGUGCUGUUCUGCCCACAUUCUACUUGUUUAUUUACAUCAUACCGAUUUCACUAGAAACUCCCUCGUAAGUUGACACUUAUUUUAUAAUUAUGUUGACCUCUUUCCACCAUCUUGGCUCGCUUCGCAUGUGAGAAUUUGGAUGUUUUGCUUGGAAUUUUAGGACAAAUCUGCAGUGAAACCAAAUACAUAGGUGAUCUAAAUGGAAAGUACGUCCAUUAUUACUCAAGUCGGUCGUGACGAGGAACCUUUAAAUACGUUUCCAACGACAGAAAAAGCAGUACAACCAUCAAAAAAGCCAAGGAGUAGAGGAUUGAUAAGUUCAUUUUUUUGCUGCUUUGGAUCGAACAGCCGGCCUCCCACUAAUCAAAAUGCACCUGCAGAAGAGAAUGGACAGAUGCCGGAAAGCACACCUUAUACAAGCACAACCUCUGCACUAUUGGCACCAAAUAGGUACUUACUGCCACAGGUAAAGCCACAAGAUAUGCAAAAGAAUUGUAUAGUAAUUGACUUGGAUGAGACCUUGGUACAUAGCUCAUUUAAGCCUGUUAGUAAUGCUGAUUUUGUUGUUCCUGUAGAAAUAGAUGGUACAGUACAUCAGGUGUAUGUUCUUAAGAGGCCUUUUGUUGAUGAGUUUUUACAACGAAUGGGAGAGCUCUACGAAUGUGUCUUAUUCACAGCAAGUUUAGCAAAGUACGCAGAUCCUGUCGCUGAUCUACUUGACAAAUCACGCAUCUUUAGGUCAAGGCUGUUCAGAGAAUCGUGCGUUUUUCAUCGAGGCAAUUAUAUAAAGGACUUGAGCAGGUUAGGUAGAAAUCUUGAGCGCAUUGUUAUUGUUGACAACUCUCCUGCUUCUUACAUCUUCCAUCAAGACAAUGCUAUCCCAGUGGUAUCCUGGUUUGACGAUGUUUCCGACACAGAACUAUUGGACAUCAUCCCUCUUCUGGAACGUAUAUCAAAACUUGAUAAUGUGUACACAAUACUCAGGAAGGAGAACCAUAAUCAUAUACAGACAUAACACAAGAAAUCCUGGGCAAGUGGGCUACGAGUUAAAAAAAAAACGCUUUGUCAGUCGUCAACACCAGUUGAUAACUGAUACAAUCCGUUGUUUGUGUACUUAAGUGUGUGAUUUACAUCGAUGAUUAUUGUGAAUCAGCUGUAGUCAACCAGUUAUCUGCAACCAGCUAUGGGCAAAUAGCUGUUGGCAACUAGCCGUGGGCAAGUAGCUGUCGGCAAAUAGGAUGCAAGUCUGUAGCAGCUCACAGAUUCAGUAUGCAGACAGGACUGCAUGCAGUCAUAGGACCUGCUCCUUUUAAUAGAAUUUAUAUUAACCGAAAGAAAUAGACACACAAAAAAAGAAAACAAAUUAUUAUUUUUUAUGAUUGAUACAUUUGAUUUAUUUUAGUGAUAUUAUUUUCAUCAGUUUUGUUUAUAGAUAUUAUCAUUUUAACUUUGUUGUAUUUUUUUCCUUUGAUUAGGUAAUGCAACGUUGCCCUAUAUAUGCAGAUUUUGAAAUCCUGUUGAUUUCUUGAAAAUCCUAUUAACUUGAAUAUAAAAUUCCAUAUAAUUAGUAAGAAAUAUUUCAAGAAUUCAACAAUGUUUAUUUACUAGUAGACUGAUUUUUAAGAAAUAUGUUUGUAGAGUCCACAAAGGGUAAUGUUUGUAAAAUUGUGCAAAUCAGCCUAAUUUGCUAUUUAGUUGGUCAUGACACCUACAUGAUAUUUGGUCAGUUUACUUUGGUACCACAGAACAAGACCAAAUAAUUGUCACACCUCUGACAAUGUGUAUAUACUAUGUUGUAUAUAAAUGCAGAAAUCCCUAAAAUAGCCCCUUGGUCUAAAUGAUCUAUUGUUCUUUAAACUAAAGAGCCAUGAUAGCACCCAAAACCAAGGCUUUUUGCCUUGUACAAUCUUCCUACUCAUAGUGCAACCUUUUCAUUACAAUAUGUAUUCUCAACAGAGAAUAAGAAUGGUUUUGUUUGUUAAUAUCAAAAUACAAACAUACAAACUAAAAUUGACUUGUUUAGGAAUUGUUUGUCUUGAUGAAAAUAUUAAAUGGAAAGAAUACCAUAUUACCAAUUACAAAUAUAUACCAAUCUUUAUUUUCUGAACUUGAAGCAUGGAGGUAUUAAAAUAGUCCUGAAUGCAUAAAGUUAGUAUUUCUGUUUUACCAGUUUCUUUGUUAGUUUCAUAUUUAGGUGUCUCAUAAGUUUUUUUAUUCUAUUUAAUCGGAAUUACUGCCAUACUUAACAUUUAGUUGCACAUUUAUUGUGUUGACAAUUUAUAGUGAAUUAUUUUUGAAUUAUUUCUACAUAAGUAUUUGCAAAAUUGAAACUAAAUUUUAUAGAUUAAAAUCAUUUUUUUAAAAUUAUUAAAUAAUUUCACAAAAAUCAUACAAAUUUGUACAUUGAAGGGAACUGACCGUCAAUUUCACAGUUAAUCCCCUAACUCUCCUGCAUUUGUGAAGAUUUAGAAAAUUUCUUUUCUUUUAUCUACUAAUUUUCAUGAAAUCUUCUGGAUCAGAAGAUAAUUUAAUUCACUUGAAAUUUAUGUAUAUAAUUCAAAAUGCAAAUUAUAAAAUUAUUAAAAUGAAGUAGAAAAUAUUUGUAUGAAUCCUCUGUAAUUUAUCUUACAGAAAUGAAAUUGUCAAACUAUUUUUGCUAAAGAGUUUUCUAAACUUUCAUUAAAAUCAAGAAGAUUGAACUCUUGACCUAUUCAGUGACAGUGACCUGUGAAAGUGAGGUCAGUAUUUAAAUUGAACUAUUGACCUGUUCUGUAACACAUGAAAUAAAGGUCAGCAUUUAUGUAUUAUAAGCAUUGUAUGUGAUUGUAAAGAAAGGGAUGAAUUAACGUUUUUUGUGAGUACUGUAAUACAAUUUAUAAAUAUUAUAUAUAUUAUCUUGUAUAUUAACUAAUUUUACUGGGUGUUUGUUGGGAAAGUUAAUAUGAAAUGUUUGUUUUAUUUUGGAAUUGUUUUCAUAAACAGCAUUGAAAAAUUAGUUUGUAGAUUGGAACUCAAUAUUUGGAAUGCUUACUUUGUGUAUUUGGUUUUCAAUUGAAAAGUAGAAUGGAAAAAAUCCAUUUAUCUGAUACACAUACGUAAUACCAUAAUGAUAAUACCAUUCCCAUAUUUUUUUUUGCAUAGACCCUAAGCUGGUACAGUAAUCAGUAUAAGAUUUAUUAUACUAAAAAGUCUGUAAAUCAGUGAAAACCUACAUUUGUCAUCAGUGUAUCAUUGAAAUGUAAUAACUUAAUUUAUCAUUUUAAAUAAGCUAUACAGUGUUCAUAUUGUUUAGGGUUUCCAUACUUUAUGACAGGCAGUAUAUCUUCAACAAUAAUUUCUUUUAAUAAAUUUAUUGUUUUGUUGAACUUCCUUUUUUAAUGCUGUAUUCUGGAACAUUCGAAUAGAUCUAGAACAAACCGAUUCCUUAAUUUGAAGGAAGAAGUAAAUAAUUAAUUACAGUAUUGUAAUAUUAUUGUACAGAAAUAAUUUGUCAAAUCAUAUUAAGGACACAAUUCAGCUCCAGUUAGUUAAUUUCAUUAAUAAAAAAGCAAAGCUCGCUUUUCUUAUUUGCUAACUUGUGCUCAUCACACCCAUGUUACCAUGCGUAUCUGGAGUAUAAACAGGCAGCUACAACACAAGCAGCACCCGCUAAUGAUUAUAUUUUAGGAAUUAUAUUUUUACAGCUGAAAUGGAGCUGAAUUGCAACUUUUUACCCGCAAAUACUAACGCUUGAUGUACAUAAUUACCAGAAUGUAUUCAUAUUAAUGCUUUAUCUAACACCAGCUUUUGAACAUUUCUCUUAACAGCUCCCUCAAUAGUAAAGUAAAAAAACAGAAACAAUGGUGGCAGUAUUCUUAUUGCUACAUUUUGCUGCUUGGCUUUGAAGGUAAACAAUGCUGCUCUAUUCAAUAUUUCAUGUUUUUAGAAAGCCAUACUCAAGAAAUGUUAUCCAAAUGUACAAUUUCUGCAUUAUUUAUAGGCAUUUUAUAAAUAUAAUUUAUAAAAUUUCAAAUUUAUAAUAGUUGGACUUUGUUAUAUGAAAACCCAAUACUGCACCUGUAUGUUAAAUUGGAAAUUAUGUUGUAAAUUUUACUUCAAAAAAUUGCAAAAAAUAACCAUGCUUUAAUAGACACAAAAGGGUUCACUUGUGAAUAUCAUGUAUAUUGUCCAUAGCAGAUUUCUUUUAUUAUCAAUAUUAAGUAUGCUGAGGAACAUAUAGUCUGUUACAUAGCAACAUAAGUUUUACCAGUGUUUUCAAGAUAUUCUGUGUAAGAGUAGAAGUGAAUGAUUUUUUGUUUCUGAUUUUAGCUUUUAAAUUUCAUCACUCUAUGUUCAUCAUAAUCAAUAAAGCAGCAAUUGAAGUCUAAUUGAAUAUUUUGGAUUGGAAACAAUCAAAACACUAAUCAGUAUGUAAGAUUUUUUACAUGGUCUAUAAGAUAUGUAUUCAUUGUAAACUGUGUCCCUUCUGAGCAAUUUUCUGGGGAGUGUAUCUUACAGAAUAUAAUACUGAAAUGAUUGUAGGCACCACAAAAAAUUGAGAUUUACAGUAGUGUAAUAAUUUUGAUAAUAUUUUUGUUUCGGUUAAAGGUUAACAGCAACUAAAUGUACAAUGUGUAGUUUUGAGACAUAUCAAUUUGCUCAUAUCAUUUCAUAUGUGUUCUUAUUUUCAAUGUGUUUACAUUUGUUGGCCCUAUCCAUAUAUAGUACUCACCCAUGUGAAUUUUAACAAAAAUAGCAGCAGUUCUAGAAAAAAUUCUCCUUACUGGUAAAAUGUAACAUGUAAAAUAUAAGAUGCAAGAUACAUUUAUGGUAUGAACCCGCCUUCACACUAUUGGUAUGUUACCUUAAUCGUAUUGGCCUAAAUAUGACUAUCUGUAUGCCAGACGGCUUCCUGCAUUGUUAAAUGUCUUACAGUUUCUCUCCUUUCUACAUUUUCACUUGUAAAAUCUUAAUGUUAUCGGUCAAUUGAUAUUGAAUAAGUGGUGUCUUUAACAUGUAUCCAAUCAGGUCACAAUGUAUCUGUUACUACCAUUUUUGUUACUUUAUCAUUUUCCUGUUAAUGUAUGUAAAAAAAUGAUAAGAAGACUUGCUUUAUCUAUCUGUCAGUAAUGUAAAGAUUAUGGAAGGUUUAUGGAUUUGUGAAUGUUAAUGUUGUAGAUAUCACAAUUGAAGAUGCAAGAAUGAAAUAUUAACAUUCAUUAUAAAUUAUUUCAAGAUGCAAGGAACGAAAGUAAUUAUUACAAAUUCCAAAUUCUUAAGCCUUCUAGUUUUUACUACAUUCAGGUUUGUGUAUAGCUUGGACCAUAUUAUUAUGUUUCUGGAAAUAACUAUAUUUAUAACACAUUUAUUGCUACAUGUAUAUACAGCACCAGUGUUUGCACGCAAGUGCAUCCACACAUCAUUAUUAUAGGAUGUAGCUUUGUUAUCGCGUGGCCAUUAAUUUUUUCACAGCAAAUAAGAACAUCAAAAAUCAGAACAUUCUAGUUGCGCUUCAAAAUAAUGAGUGACCUCUUGGGUCAGCAUGACAACCUUUGUGGUCAGCUAUGUGACAUUUUAAGGUCAGCUACAUGACCUUAAUUUCAUACUGUUUAAUAAUAUCACAGAUUCUAUGAUAAUAUUAACAUGAGUUUCAUUUAGCCUGCGCUUAGGAAAGUUUACUGCAGUGCCUAGAAAGAACUGACCUUUAACCCUCACUGGAGUAGGAUGUGAUGGAUUCUCUGCUGGAAGUGUGUUGUGUUCUUUAAUAAAAACAUUUAUUAGGGAUUUUGUGAUAGAUAUGUGUUACUUUGUUGAUGAAACUUUAACAAAUUGUAGAUCAGAUAAUUUCUAUUCUUGGGUGCAUUUUUAUAUUAAAAAGAUUGACAUGAA